AUGGACAAACCGAACUUCGGCGUUGUGGAGUUGUUCGAGGGCGGGCAACAUCGGCAGCAUACGGCAAUGAUGGUGAUGGCGAUGCUGGGCUUCUACUUUGAGCCAUCUCGUCACGAUAGGGACAGAUACGUGAGAGUCCACCCGCGUCACAUACGACCAGACAAACUGCACCACUUCGAGAAACUGCGUCCCGAUGCAACUUUGCCACUGCCAUACGAUUACCGAAGCGCGACACAUCCUGCCUGGCAGUUCUGGAGGCAGCUUGGCAGGACUGGGAUUUCGGCUGUGGCCACAUACAAGGACCAGGACCCUGACGGUUCCAUAAUGAAGUCCUUGGGACAUAACUCCAAGCUACUGUCAGAUCUCGACAUCGUAAAGAUCAACAGCGUUUACGGUGUCAAGUGCUUUCUUUAG